AGAGAACAGAAAAAGGAAAAACAAAAACAGAGUAGAAAAAGACCACAGGCAAAGCGACACGCACACCCUUUCUUCUCCGCCUCGUCUUCCGCAGGUCACUCUCUUCGCUUCCUGAAACCGAACCCCACCGAAUCUCUCAUCUUCUCACCAACGCCCUCUUUAGCCGCUUUAGCUGUUUGAUUCUCCCUUCUAAGCCCCUUCCCCGUUGAAUCUCUCUAGUUGCUUCCCGAUUGCGUUCGCCGGGUAAUGCCCUGUUUCAGUUUCCGCCGCAGAGCAAUGGGGGGUUUUCCUCGGUUGAAUUCCGCUCUGGUACUGGAACUGGAGUUAGGGUUUGGAUCUUUCCGGACUUUCAGCUGUUGAUUAUGGAACCUCGUGUCGGGAAGUUUCGGCUCGGCCGGAAGAUCGGCAGCGGCUCCUUCGGGGAGAUUUACUCGGGCAGGGAUAUUCAGACAAAUGAAGACGUUGCGAUUAAGCUUGAAAGUGUCAAGACUAGGCAUCCACAGUUGUUGUAUGAGUCAAAGAUAUACAGGCUCCUUCAGGGCGGAACUGGGAUCCCGAGUUUGAAAUGGUUUGGCGCUGAGGGGGACUACAAUGUUUUAGUGAUGGAUCUGCUCGGGCCAAGCCUCGAAGAUUUGUUCAAUUUAUGCGGAAGGAAGUUUUCAUUGAAAACGGUUCUCAUGCUCGCUGAUCACAUGAUAAAUAGAAUCGAGUUCAUUCAUUCGAAGUCGUAUCUUCACCGUGAUAUCAAGCCUGACAAUUUUCUCAUGGGUUCGGGAAGGCGGGAAAAUCAGGUCUACAUCAUAGACUUUGGCUUGGCUAGAAAGUAUAGAGAUAGCUCAACACACAGGCACAUCCCUUACAGGGAGAAUAAAUGUCUGAUCGGGACGGCUAGGUAUGCGAGCAUGAACACCCACAUUGGGAUCGAGCAAAGUCGGAGGGAUGAUGUAGAAUCACUUGGUUAUGUCCUUAUGUACUUCCUCAGAGGAAGUCUUCCAUGGCAAGGACAGAAAGAUGGGACCAAGAAACAGAAACACGACAAGAUUGGUGAAAAGAAGGUUUCGACCUCUAUUGAAGUCUUGUGCCGGGGUUACCCUACGGAAUUCGCGUCAUUCUUUCACUAUUGUCGCUCGCUUAGGUUCGACGAUAAGCCGGACUACGCCUACUUGAAGGGAUUAUUCCGCGACCUCUUUAUCCGUGAAGGUUUUCGGUUUGAUUUUGUAUUUGACUGGACAACACAACAACGCGUAAACCCCCCACCUCGUGUCGUGCUUGAUGGUGGUGUCGGGACAAGCUCGGCGGAGAAGCCUGCUGUCGGAGAUGGUGAAAAGCAUCCAGGCGAGCACGAAGAGCGCCCAGUGUGUUUGCCAGCCAGGGAUGACUCAAAGGGGAAACGGACGGGACACAUUCUGAAUACAGAGGCUCUCUCGGAACAGAAGAACGGAAACACAGAGGAUACUACUCUUGUUAACGACUCCACGAUCCCGGGUUCCCUCGGUCCGGAUCGAUCGGGAGGAUCGUCUUCGAGACGGGUAGCUGACUCGGGUGGCCGCGAACCGUUCAGCGAGAUCGACAAUGCAAACAACCUCGAAUCUUCGGUAAAGGGCAUGAAUGGCCUGCAAAUCAAUGAAGGAGAUAAAGUAUUUGUGUAGAGAUCGAUGUCAGACCAAAAAAAAAAAAAAAAAAGGAUUGUUCGCAUGAAAGAGAUAAUACUGGAAAUAAAUAAACAAAUAAACUCAGGGUUAUUAUUAUACUUCACCUUCUGAGAGCGGAGGUGGGAGAAACUUUUGCUCUUGUCCGUGA